UGCCUGGUGGCGUUGCUUCGACUGGGCGUGGCGACGUGGGAUUACUGCGAGUUUUAAUCCGAUGAAGCUUUCGUUUUCGACUCUUUCGCGCUGUCUUGUGGAUUGUCUGUCGUUGUGAGCAGGUUCUCAGACAUGCUGUUGAGCGCUCUUCGGUUAGCGUGCCUCUCGACAUGCUUUCUUCUCCUCACAGCUGAUAUGGAUCCCAUUGUGCUCACGCCUCCCAGAGUGGUGGUUGCAUAUGAAGCUCCAGCCUCUGCGAACUGUUCAACGAACCUCACCCAUCUUGGGAUGGGCUGGGAGGCCCCCCUGGGACCCGUGGACAUGAACGAUGAUGUCAAUCAACUCACCUGGAAAGUGGACAGUCUUACAGAGUGGAAUAUAAAACCCUUUUGCUUCGUCAACGUGAAUCCUAGUUACCAGGCCAAAAAAAUUCUCGAAGUUAUUGUUUACAAAGUUCCAGAUAGUGUAUCCAUCCGUUUGAAUGACAUGGGACAAGUGACUGAGGGGAGAACGUAUGAGCUCCUGUGUGACAUCAAGAGCAUUGCUCCACUUAAGAACCUUGUUGUAAAGUGGUAUAAAGGGAAAACUGUAAUAAAUAGUGACCUAUCUAAUGAAACUGACACCACUCCAAAAAAUAAGUUGGCAAAACUCUCCAUCAGCCCCAACAGACGUGACAAUGGAGCUCAGUACAGCUGUGAAGCUCAGCUGGAACUAGGAGCAGACGGACCUCAACCUCCUCCCACAAAGAAAUCGGAACCCCUCAGCGUUAAUGUGUACUACAGCCCAAAGUUCUCCAGAUCAGUGGAGACCUUGAACCAAACAAAUAAAGAGAUCACCUUAGACUGCACUGUGGAAGCAAAUCCCCCUCCAGAAUACACCUGGAGUACACCUACUCAGGAUGAGAAGUCCAAUAAAGCAGUUUUGUCAGUACCUGCUCUGAGGUCUGGCACGUAUAAUUGCACUGCCAGUAAUAAGUAUGGCUCUUCGGUAAAACAGUUCAUCAUCGUACAAAAAAGUCGUGACCGCACUACUUUUUGGGCUAUUCUCGGAUCGGGGUUGGCCUUGGCUUUUGUGCUGAUUGUGGGUUACGUGAUAAGCAGGAGUGUCAGCUCGAACUCAGUCGUCUGAAGGUUUCUCACCCAAAGCAGGACACACUUUUCUGGACUAUAAUAACAAGCACUUCACCAGUGGUUAUCUGAACAUCUGCAGAUUCAGUUGAUCAGGACCAAAUUUGGUUGUGACUAGUUUAAGCCAUUAUUUGAUCACCGAUCACUGAGUUUUGGAAAACGGACUACGGCUGAACUGAUCUAAAGUUUAUGCAAAGUCUUUCUGUCACGAAAUAUGUGUAAGGGAAUGAAGUGAAGAGGUUUUGUGUGAUUUUUGCUCAGUUAUAGUCUCUCACUCCAUCAGUUGUGGCUGUAAUGUAUUUUUUUUUUGUUGUUGUUCUAAUUUUUAUGUGUAAUACUUGCUAGAAAAAUCAGUACAGACCAUCAUACUGAUCACCAGCAAAACCAGAAUAAGAUUGCUGGUAUGUGGGCAGCAGCAAUGGAAGCUGAUAUGCUGAUCAUCAGCAAAACCAGCAUAUCACUGCUGUUGGAACCAAACAUCGUAUCUCCUAAAAGGUGACUUUACAGGAGAAGGAGGAAACAUCGUUUACUUUCAAUGUCAAAGGAACCAGAAUUUAAUUUUGGGCCAUGUAAUUUCGUCCAUUCAUCACAAAAUUUACAUACAAUGUAAAGAGUAACAGGCACUUUCAAUUGAUAUGAAAAACAAAAAAUGAUAAAAAGGAGAUACGAGGUUUUGUUCCGACAGCAGCGAUAUGUUGUGUUUUAGAUGCUGAUAUUCAUGCUGGUUGACCAGCCAAACCACCAACCAGAGCAGCAUAAGCCAACUGGUUUCAGCAGAAACCUAAGCUAUUCAUAGUGAGUUGCCCUGACAAAUAUUGAAAGAAUGGUUGGGUGAUUAAUCAAAUUUACACCAGUUUCCCCUUUAGCUCAGGUAUAGUCGAUUGGCCCAGACAUGUCCAAGUUUUGCUUCUUUAAUUUUGAACUAGAGCUUUGAGGCAAAUGUUGCUAACAGCCACUAGAACACUAAUCACACAAAUGGCUCACAUUGUUUCUGUAAAAGUGCAUCAUCAAAACUUCUUUCAAGCAGCUCAGACCACAUCCGGGUCUGCUUUAAGGUAAAGGAUAAAAGUGAAAACAAAACUGCAGGCAGCCACUUUAGAUGACAGAGUGUGUACUCGUAAACCACCUCAGGAGUAGCAAUGCUGAUCUAGAAUCAGUAUUUGUGACGAUGACUGUUAGAAAGAAAUAAAGGAGUCUUAUCCCAGAUCGAUCCUGGUUAGUCUUUCUGCAAGUCUGCAUGACCUUAAUGAUAAACUGGGUGCUGUCCAGGCUGUUUGGGUGACUAGUGUCUUCUAGUGUUUGCUAGCAAUGUUAGGCUCAAAGCUCCAGUUCUAAGCUAAAGAAGUAAAAUUUGGACCAUAAAUAUCUUGGUUGAUCAGCAACAUCUAGAGUAAGUAGAAAAUUGUGUAAGUUUGAUUUUUCGCCCAACCAUUCCUUUAAGCCUAGCCUGAAAUUUUGCUGAAGGUUGGUCAAACUGUGUUGAGUAGGGCACCACUGAAGUUCACUCUUCCUUGUGUUCUGUCUACGGUCCUACAUCCAUUUCCAUUGUGAUAUUAUCACUUUUCUCCCAGCUCUUGCCCCAGCUUGUUCAAACUCUCUGUUAAGUACACAUAUUUAACAAAUAGAGCCGACAUCUACAAACUGUGGAGUCAAAAUCAUGCUCAGACUUGAACUAAUCCAAAUCGUGCUUUGAAAUAUUCUGUUAUUGUAUGUUACUUUCCACUACUACAACUGAACCUUUGUUGCCUCAUGCACUCAUAUGGCAGCUGAAUAAAGCUGUUGCAUAGCCUUGAAUAUUAUUUGUGUGUGUGUGUGUGUGUGUGUGUGUGUGGUUACUGUAAUGUUUAUAAAGAGAAAACAUGACAUUUUCAUUGUAAAGCUUUGUCAGUCCCAAUUGAUACUUUUUGCUGUUAAUGUUGUUGUUGUAUUCAUGAAAUUGGAAGAUAAUUGAAAGAAAUCAAACAGCCGUGUAGUAAAAUCUGAACCAAAAGCUUUAUUGAAGUAUGAUUUUGAAAGACUCUAGACUGAUGCACAUACAUGCAUAUUUUACUAAGCUGAUCAUGCUACAGUAAUCAUGUAACCAAUCUACCCUCUCAGGAAGAUCAAAUUUUCUAUCAAAAACAAGAUUUGCUGAAAAUGUAAACUCCACUAUAAGAACCAAAGUCAUGAGAAACAAACUUUCUCCAAUAAAAAAAAAAUUUUUUUUUGGUUGUUGCUUUUCUGGCUUAGACUUAGAAUGUGUGUUUGAUACAUACAUGCACUGUAUGUAUCACUGGGGCUUCUGUGUGGUCUGUAUCUGUAAUACCUGAAUCAUGUUGUGAUGAGUUAAGACCAUGAGGUUACUGUAUAUACAGCACUGUGUAACUGUCAGAGAACAGCCUUUCACUUAGGUAAUUUCCAGGUACUUUCCAGUCGGCCACUAUCUUUUGGCAUAAAUAAAAUGUUUGAGUAUUUAAUGUGUCCAUUUUUACAUUAUUUAGAGCUUCCUUUCUUUGCGGCAAGCUUCCUUUGAGGUUUUCAAAGACAUCUGACAUUUUUUCACACCUCCAAAGUUCAGUCUUAGAAGUUGGUUGCUUUUUCUGCUUCUCACAAUCAAAUUACAAAUUCAGACUCAUCAGUCAACAAAACCUUACUCCAUCUCAGAUGUCCUGUUUCAAUGUUCUAAUGCAGAUGUUCUUCUUUUUGGUGCUCUUUUCUUUUCUCAGUAACGGCUUCUUGACAGCUACACAUCCUUUCAGACUCAUAGGGUUGAGUUGUGUUGUCACAGUGGAAGGAUGGUCAGAAAACCAGUAGAUUUUUCAUAUAUGAAGCAAGAGUGGAGCUUGAUUGUCUCCUCUUUCUCAACGAUAAAGGUGUUAAUCUGAUGGUGACAGUGUUGGUGGUCUUGCACGGUUGUUGGGGGUUCCAAUGUUCUUAUCUUUUAACGAUUUUUUGAAUUCUAGUUUGGACUUACUGACUUAUUUUCCUUUCCCAGUUUAAGCAAACUGUAUAUAAUGUAUAUUUUGUCCAGUUUCUUAAAACAAAACCAUUUUAGAUGCACACAAGGAAGAAAUUAGCAAGGCAGCUGAGGUGUGCUUGGGUAGCUGCUUGUGUAAACAUUAGUGUCUUUUGAAGGGGAACAUAAUGUCAGUGGCUGUUUUGGGAACAGGCUUUGUUGGGAGGACGCAGUGGUACCUGGUUGGUUUUAAGAUUGUAAGGAUGGAAGAGUUCAAGUGGCAGCAACGUGCACAAAAGGAAUAAGCAAACAAAUGAAAUACUGAUAGAUUUGAGGUAAGAUACAUUGCGUUGGAGGCUUUUGUGUUAUUUUGUAAUAACGCAUGUAAUUUAUGUUGGCUGCUUUUUUCCUGACCCUGCAAAAUCAAUAAAUUGAACGUAUAUACUGGAAACUAAAUAAACGAAAAGGGGUUCUUUGACUUUUACCCAGUUGUAUGGAAAGCAAGUUUGUGCCUUACCUUUCUCUCCCAGUUUCAUGUUUUAUUAUACUGGUUUUUUGUUUAGAGAGAAAUCCAUUUUAAGGACGUUAAAAUUGAUGUUAUUUUAAUGGCCAAUGAUCUCUCUGAAUGUGCAACUGUUUGAAAGGAAACAUUCAUGGAAGUGAGUCUUUCUGGCUGUCUUCCAGUUUGUAAUCCACAGUUCUCUUGUGUUUUCUGUAGUCAUGGAGAUGUGUUCUACAAUAAAGGAACUUCUAAACA